AUGCCACCGCGCAAAUCUACGUCCUCGGUGACUCCCGCGGACCCAGAUGAGACAUCUCUGCUGUCACCCGUGGCACCGAGCACCUCUGACAAGCCCAUUACCGCGACGGAGCAGCAGCUCAAGGCACGAGCUGAGCUGGGUGUCAGCGUCGAUGACUACCUCCUCCCUCGCUCGUUAACCAUCCGUCUUGCCAAAUCUGUGCUUCCACCCAAUACCACAAUCCAAAAGGACGCCGUGCUUGCUAUUCAGAAGGCUGCUACGGUUUUCGUGUCGUAUCUAUCUUCACAUGCCAAUGAGGCAACCCUGAAACAAACCCUCGCGCCCGCAGACGUUUUCGCCGCCCUCAAAGAAAUAGAGUUCGACUCCUUCCGCGAGCGCCUAGAGAAGGAGCUUGAGGCAUACACGGAGAUUAAGGCUGGAAAGCGGAAGGCCAAGAAGUCCGAUGUGAACGGUGCGGCUGGGGAGGUAGCUGCUGGUGAUAAGGUCGGUGCUGGUGCGGACGAGGAUGUCGAUAUGGUGGAUAACCCUGCGAAGAGGGUGAAGCGCGAUGGGGAGGAGGUGGAUGUGCAGGAUGGGGAUGAGACGCAGGAAGAGGAGUUGGAGGAGGAAGAGGAGGUUCACCAUGAGGAUGAAGAGGAGGAGGAUGACGAAGAUGCAGAAGAAGAUACGCAGAAGAAGAUUGAUGAGGAUCUUGAUCGGGUGGAGGAUUUGGAUGGGAUGGUUAGACCUACCGAUCCGGAUGCAGAGGAGACGGAUGAUGAUGACGGACCGGCUAGCCAGCUGCGUGAUGAUCUGGGACUUGGCUAA